AUGGGCGAUAUCCGCAACGCAUGCCGAAUGCUCAAGUGCAACCUCAUCGACUCCAAUAUCCCAACGGCAGAUGAGAACUCAAGCCCAACCUACACUCUGCAGACCACUGAACCCAACGGUCAGUUCGUGUUCACCUCACUGAGUUUCGAGUCUGGUGUGGAGCAUCGAUUCAUCAUGGACACAGGAAGCAGCGAAUCAAUCCUACCGAAAUCAGCACUCAAUGCGAUCUGUCCUGGUGCUGUUCUAGCCCCGACUUCUGUGCGCAUUCAUGGGGUUACUGGCCGUCAGUUGCAAUUACUAAGUGAAACGAUAUUGUGCGUUCAAUCUGAAUCCGGCUUAUCAAUCCCAAUCCGAUUCCUGAUAUCAGCCCACAGUCCGUCUAUUCUGGGCCUUCGAGCAAUGUGGCUACUACAAGGAUCCAUCACACUACACACCAACAACGAUAUGCCAAUCACCUCACAUCGUCAACAUUUGAUUGUAAAGCGUUCCGGUAACGUUGGUGGCAUGAAAGUACCGUCGGUGAAGUUGGAAGUGGACGGUGAACCUAUUUUUUUAAAACGACGCGUCCUCCCAUACGGUCAACGGGAAGGUGUCCUCAAAGCAUUACAGAACAUGGAGCAGGAUGGUGUGCUACUGGAACGAUUUGCCGCCAGAAACGUGGCUAUCAGGCCGUCUAAAUGUGUGUUUGGAGUGAGUGAGGUGGAGUUUCUAGGAUUCACAGUUGAUUCCCGUGGAUAUCAUCCCGAUCCGACUCGUUUCAAACCAUUGACUAACAUCGAAUCUCCAAAGGAUCAAACGCAUCUGAGAUCCGUGAUGGGAUGUCUACAGUACUAUGCCCGCUUUAUCCCGAACUUUGCUACAAGGGCGCCGCCACUUUUCCGUGCUCAGUGUUCAGACGCUUGGGAAUGGUCGGUGGAGCGUGAAGAUAUCUUACGUGGUUUACUUCGAUGCGUUACUGAUCGUCCUGUUCUCGCCCUGGUUUCACCUUCGAAACCGACUACACUCAUCCCCGAUGCGUCUGACAUUGGAAUCGGUGCUGUAUUAGAACACGAAGGAUGCCCAGUGAUCUUCAUUUCACGUCUACUCGAUGCGGCAGAAGAGGAUACUCACAAACUCAAAAAGAAGCGUUUCUGUAUUUUGGGCUGUUCGACGAUUGCACAAGUACCUUUUCGGAUUGCGGUUUACUAUGAUCACUGA